UCGCAGAAUGAGCAUCUUGCCUGCCAGUCCCAUCGCUCUGGAUUACCUGGACGAAUUCGACCUACUGAAGUUCGAAGUGAAGCAGGAGGUGGCCCGGCCGGGGAACAGCUCCUCCGUCACUUCCACCCCGUGCAGCUCCGUGCCCCCCUCGCCCACCUUCGACAAGGUAGCCGAUCCCAAAUCCUCCUUGGAGGAACUUUAUUGGAUGGCAACGCUGCAUCAGUCUUUGGCGGCGGCCGCCGGCACCGGUCCGGAGACGCAGAUGGUGCCAGGGCUGGAGGAAGCAGUGGAAGCCUUUUUGGGGGUCCCCACGGCGGAAGGGGCUCUUCGAAACAGCGUGACCCCACAGCUGCAGGGGUUCCUGGGAUCGGCGGAGAGCUUUGGCGCCGAGCAACAACAGCUUCCUCAUUUCCAGCUGCCCCGGCUUUCCGAUCGCUUCUCUGACGCCCAGCUGGUCUCCAUGUCGGUCCGGGAUCUCAACCGUCAACUCCGCGGCUUCGGCAAGGACGAGGUGCAGCGGCUGAAGCAGAAACGGCGCACCCUCAAGAACCGCGGCUACGCCCAGUCCUGUCGCUUCAAACGGGUCCAGCAACGGCAUAUCCUGGAAGCCGAGAAAUCUCAACUGGCCCAGCAGCUCGAGUCCCUGCGGGUGGAAGUGGCCCGCUUGGUCCACGAACGUGACAUCUACAAAGCCCGCUGUCAGAAGCUGCUGAGCGAGGCGGCCGGGGGGCACUGUGGGGAGGGGGCCAAGCCCCCCGUAGCUCAGGCGCCCUCCAUGGUGCAGUUUUUUCUAUGAGCCCGCUCCGGACUUCCUUCCAUUUCCGUCAAACUUUUGGGAGCGGUGUGCGGGAAAUAAACUUGCCGAGAAACUGCUUCUCCUCUUUAAUCCACCAGAGGGGGACGCUGAGCCUGGUUUCCCUCCCAGGUAGUCCCUUUUCCCCACCACCAGGUGGCGCGGAAGAGACUCGCCCAUCUAGGCGCAGAAAUAGCUUGGGGAAGAUGGCAAGCGGGCAGGCUGCUCCUCUCAAAGGCUCCUGGGAGUUGUAGUUUCGCUAGGGUGCUGCCCGGUGGUCCAUCUUCCACCCGGGGAACUACACAAACCCCCCUCCCCUCACCCCAGGGUUCCCUGCGGCCCGAUUCCUCAGUCUAGUGACGUCUACGAUGCAAAUAAGGCUGGUCCUCUUUGGCGUGUUGAGAAAUGCACUUGCACAGAAGGAGAGAAAUAAAUAAAAACGGCGCUUGCCGUCUCUUCCCCGGAGCCAAAACUGGGCCGAAGAGCGAAAAAGGCAGGUUUAGAAAAUUUAGGGAGCCUGCUUGCCCCAGUUUUAGGCCCCCAAUUUGCAAACGGAAAGAGUUUGCAAAAGAAAAAUGGGGAUUCUUCCUUGUCGGAGCAACCUGGAGGCCAUAUUGGAAGUUGCCAGGGGAAGGACUUUGCCCUUUCUCAAAAUGGCUGCCGUAUUGGUGAAGCCAGGCCCAAAAUGAUUGGUGAGGUCCCGGAGCCCCCUCCAAAUACGGCAUGUCAACAACACGCAUUACAUUUUCCCCGUUUGGGUGUGAGAGUUGUUUGUGUGUGUGGGGGGGGGGGGAAGAAAAUAUCCGAAGCCACUCCGGCCAUAUUUGAAGAGGGCAACUCCCAGGAUGCCUAGUUAAAGUCCCAGGAUGCCUAGCGAGGAGCUAAGAAUUCUGGGAGUUGUGGUCUUCGCUUGGACCCUGCAAUACAGGGAUUGGACGGUGUUGUCCUGGGCCUUUUAUGGGGGAUUUUGGACGGUGUUGCCCGGGGUGGGUUGGGGGGAGAACAAAAGCGUGUGAACUGUGCGACUUUGCGAUGUUUGUGUUGCAAAAGAAGACCCUUUAGAUCCUGUCUAAAUAAAAAACGAGAGUACUUUUACAAA